AUGGAGGGUGAUUUCGUAAGCAACUCAAAAUCAGUUACAACACGCAAUAUUACUCUUGAAUCUCUGCUGGAUGCACAGUUUCCCAAGGACGCUUCUGAAGGCGAUGUUAACAAACGGAAACUUUCCGAUUCGGGAAAUUUUAUAGUUCAUCCUGUGCCGCCAAAUAAACGACCACGAGGCCAAACCUAUCGGGCUAAAGAUGCUUGCUUGGAACUGAUAGCUAUACUUCUUCAGCAGGAUGUCAAUGGAUUCUUCCAUUUUGCUCCAAAAAUGGUACUUCCUAUGGUUGAUCUUUUUAUGGUGGAGUUUCAUAUUCGCUUGCUUCCGAAUUUUUACUGUUACUUUCUCUUUAAAGCCCUUAAUCUUCUUCUGCAGGCGAAAAAUUGCAAAAGUCCUACGUCACUUAGCUUGCGUGUGUUGGAACGCUUUGUUCACACUAACAGAAUCAAGAAUAUUAACCAUUUGCGUGAAUACGUCGAGGAACUUUUCGCCGCAUACCAACGUUCCGAUUCGCUCACUUCUGCGUCUGCUCCAUUAGAAGGGGGUGCAGCUGUCGUGGCUGAAGCUGCUCGCCUUUCUGUUCUUGCUAGACGAUGGUUUGAGAGCAUCGGGGAGGACUCUGAUCUAAUGCAUGAGCCUCUCUAUGGUCCCGUUGCUUCCAAUGAUGCCAACGAGGUGACAGCACUCGGCCUUCUCAAUCCCGAUAAUCGAGGUCUUGUCAGUUCCACUGAACGAGUUCGUACUAUCGGGGAAGAGGUGGGCCAGUUAUCUUUUGGAACUCAUUUGUCGCAAAACGGUGGGUACCGUGAGGACCGUCGAAAUCGGGUAAUCCCCUACACAUAUCUUAACUACGGCCCGUAUGCAAGUUUUGGACCAACGUUCGAUAGUGGAGCGUCGAAUUGCAGCCCAGAAGCAAAUCAGCUCCUUCUCUCCACCUCUUGGCUUCCUGCACGCAUGCUCUACUCACUGGAGGUGAGGGAGGACGUAGAUACUUCGGAAAGUGGGGAGAAGGAUUGCCCUUGGAGCCGUCUGCGGUGUGUUGCCGAAGCGGAGGACGACAUGGAAUUACAGACGGCAUUGACGGACUGCGUGGCGGAGUGGAAGGAGGCACACGAAGCUAGUCGAAUUUUAGAGGCCAUCAUUCCACCUGUAAUAUGUGGCGAUCAUCCCGAUGGCGACUUUAAGCUUUAUCUGGCCAACGCUAUCACUCGUGAUCUCCCUGAGGUGUGCGAGAUAACAGAUGUUGAAUCAUCUACUCCAGAGCCUCCCAAAACUGCUUCUAGACAAGCACCAUCGGAAUCAGUACCAGAAAAGCCCGAUGAGGCGAAGGUGGAGGAGGGUGGAGAUGAGGCGAACGAGGGGUUAUUAGAGGAGUCCUCGCGUCUGUUACGUGACCUCUACAACGCACAGCAACGCCGACUAGGCGAUUUUUCCUCGGCUGCGCUUGCGGAGGAACGUAGUCUGCGGGCCUGCGGGCGCGAGGUGCGCACGGCUACGCAGCUGGCCAACAAGCUGGUUAACCUAGUGAGCCGCCUCACGCGUGGACCUGGGGAUAUACUCACCUCACGCGUGCCUGUUCGGCAGGCCUUAGGUAUCGAUCCUGAGGCACCUGUACUGACUCCCAGCGAGACCAGGGAUCUUCUCCGAUGA